UGAUGGCCUGAUCGAUUCUCGAUUUCUUCUCGCUCCGGCGCACCGGAGUAGACACGAUUUGUGCGUCGGAGAGGGGAGCUGGCUGGUACCCGCCGACCGGCCGGGCGGGCGCUCCCCAUAUUUAAUGGCGUCACCACUUCCUCACGCCUCCAACGUCUUCUUGCAUUCCAUCCCAACCCAUUCCUUCGUUCUUCAUAUCAUCAUCACAUAUACCAUCACCCCGAUCUUGUCAUCUGGUGCCAGUAACGCCUAGGCGUAGCCCCCCUCCGACCGACCGAUCGAUCGAUCCAUCGAGCUCCUCUAUAUAUCCUCUGCCAAGCUGAUCAGCUCCCUCGACUAGCCGCCCGUCUCCCUCCCAAGCCACGUGCUCCCUCGCACGCGCGAUCACCAUCCAGUUCACCGAUCCCAGCGUGACGAUCUGACCUACACACUCGCUCUAGAGCUAGGAUUCCAUGGCCGCCGCCGCGGCGGGCAAGCGGCCCAGCUGCGCCGUCGUGCUGGGCUUGCUGCUGGCGGCCGUGUCGGCCGCCGGCGCCGAGUUCAUCACGUGGGAGGACCUGACCAUGCCGGCCGUGGCGAGGCUCAUCCGCGGCGCGCCCGUGGACGUCAAGUCGGCGGCGGCAGGCCGCGGGGGCGUGGGAGUGAGCACGAUCGUGGUGUCGCAGGACGGGACGGGGCACUCGCGGACCGUGCAGGGCGCCGUCGACAUGGUGCCCGCCGGGAACACGCGGCGGGUCAAGAUCCUCGUCAGGCCCGGGGUGUACAGGGAGAAGGUGACGGUGCCGAUCACGAAGCCGUUCGUGUCGCUGAUCGGCAUGGGGACCGGGCGCACGGUGAUCACAUGGAACGCGCGGGCGUCGGACAUCGACGCGACGGGGCACCAGGUCGGCACCUUCUACUCCGCCUCCUUCGCCAUCGAGGCCGACUACUUCUGCGCAAGCCACAUCACCUUCGAGAACUCGGCGCCGGCCGCGCCGCCGGGAGCGGUGGGGAUGCAGGCGGUGGCGCUGCGGCUGUCCGGCGACAAGACCAUGCUGUACAGGUGCAGGAUACUGGGGACCCAGGACACGCUCUUCGACAACAUCGGGAGGCACUACUUGUACAACUGCGACAUCCAGGGCUCCAUCGAUUUCAUUUUCGGGAACGCGAGGUCCCUGUACCAGGGCUGCGCGCUGCACGCGGUGGCGACGAGCUACGGCGCGAUCGCGGCGUCGCAGCGGAGCUCGGCGUCGGACGAGUCGGGGUUCUCGUUCGUGGGGUGCCGGCUGACCGGCUCCGGCAUGCUGUACCUGGGCAGGGCGUGGGGCAGGUACGCCCGGGUGGUGUACGCUUUCUGCGACCUCGGCGGCAUCGUCGUGCCCCAGGGCUGGAGCGACUGGGGCGACCGCGCCAGGACCAAGACGGUGAUGUUCGGGGAGUACAAGUGCAAGGGGCCCGGGGCGAGCUCGCGGCAGCGGGUGCCGUGGUCGCGGGCGCUCACCUACGAGGAGGCGCGCCCCUUCCUCGGCCGGGACUUCAUCAACGGCGAGCAGUGGCUCCGGUUGUAGUGGCAGACAGUGUAAAUAAAGAGAGAGAAAACAUGUGGAGAGGAUUGCACGACGUCGUCCACCAGUUCAUUCAGAUUGCUUUCUCUCCACUGCAAAUAAUGUACUUACUAAUGGUAGCAGCUCGUAGUCGACAUAGCGUGUAACGGACCUGACACGUCCAUAUGAGGUUGGUUGGCCCUGUGAAAAGAAAUCAGUUUUUCUAGUUGUCGUACCA